AUGUCUAAUUCUCCGCUCCUGCUCGGGCCAACGAUAGCGGCCACCCGCCCUCUAGCAGCUCAAGUAGGUGGCCAUGCAGGCAUUGAGACAACAGAAGACAAUUCCCUUCUGAUCAAGCCAGCCCUUCCUCGUGAAAUUGAAUUUUAUCAACGAAUCGCCGCAGCAGGCGAUCACGAUGAACUCUCGAAGCUUAGAAACUGGACCCCAAAGUUUCUGGGCGUGCUGAAGCUCGAGGGGCAACUCAAAGAUUCAAAUGCAGUUGGCGAUGGAAAUAUGGAAAUAGUUCCCGUACAUGGCAAUAUAGUGUCAGAGGAUAAAGAUAUCGCGUCCCGUUUUUUCUUAUCUGGUCCAGCACAGCGCCUCGUCCUUGAAAAUGCUGCGUACGGCUUUGUGAAGCCUUGUAUUCUGGAUGUGAAACUUGGGACCGUCCUCUACGAUGAAGACGCGCCUCCUGAAAAGCAAGCGCGUAUGAUUAAAGUCGCUCAUAAUACUACUAGCGGAGAAACGGGCGUUCGCUUCACAGGAUUUCAGGUGUACGGUAAUGACUCUUCCGAACCUAUCUUGACGCCCAAGUCGUACGGCAGAUCGAUCAAGAAGGAACAGCUUCCUGACGUUAUUGAGAUGUUCUUUCCCGUCUCGUCUGCACCUUAUCCGAUACCACCGAACUUCACUGAGACAUCCGAUUCAGACGUGUCAAAGCCACAAUCUGGUCUUCCUGCUAUCCUCCUCCACUGCAUUCUCACUACACUUCAAGCCGACCUAGAAGAAUUGAAAGCUACCAUAGCGAACAUUGAGAUGCGCAUGGUAGGUGGGAGUAUUCUCAUAGUGUACGAGGGAGACUGGGAACGUGCAUGGAAGAUGCUUUCCAUGCCUUCCGGGACCGCCACGAUCGAAGAAGAAGAAGACGACGAUGACGAAGUAGAGGUCGAGAUAGAUGAAAACGGACAACUUGUUCUGGAGUCUAUACCCGACGAAGCGAUAGAGGAAGAGGAGGAACAUCAAGCUCUUUUGUGUUCCCUUUCUCUUAUAGACUUCGCACAUACCCGACUUAUCGACGGGGCAGGUCCCGAUGAGGGCGUGUUGAAGGGCAUCCAGACCAUGAUCGAUCUUCUUAGACAGCGGAAGGACAAGAUCGCGGCGAUGCUGCCUACGUGCGAUGCAUAA